CUGUGAAAAGUUUGGAGGAUUUAUUAUUGCUAGUUUACGUGGAAUUUAUUUGUGGCUCCCAUAAGAUUGUGGAAAUAAAUGUGUAUCUGUUUUACUGCAUGCGGAUUGGGUAUUUUGAACCCAUACUAAUUAAUAUUCUGCAUUUCAGAAAAAGUGUGCAUGCGUUUUAUCGCCUAAAUUAUUGCUGUGCUCAGUUUUUAUGCUCAAAUCAUCACUCUAUGGGGUUACUUGUGCGUUUGAUCUAAUUAUGAGAACUAGAAUCAACUAUGAACCGCUGGAAAUCUGGUCUACGGUUUGCAUAUCGACGACUUUACUUUGCUGUAAGACCUCUGUCACGGACAUUAUAAAAUAUCAGCAUCUCAUUUUAAGGAUAUAGUGAAACUGAUGGGUAUUUAACUGAAAUCAACAGUCGAUCAAUCUAAAUGAGGAUGUUUGCAAUUAAUUGCAGACUGUUACAUUGUAUAUCAUGUUUUUUAAAUGUGUUAAAGUGAAUGAAGACCACAACGGUGCAUAUUAUGUAUUUAUACGUAGAACUUUGACGAGAAAUUAUUUAUACCAGUGACAAAAGUUUGGAAUGCUGUCGGUGUCGGAAAAUUGCAAUUUAGAUCUCGAUGUUUGAUGUUGUUGUGAACCAGUGCCAUUUAGCAAGUAACAUAACAGAAAGUGGAUUUUAAAUGUUACCGUGAAUAGGAAAAACGUACGUCAUGGCGACCAAUAGAAUUGGAUCUCUGACGGGUCGUCAGGCGGAUCUUCAGUGUUGUCAGAGACGCUUGGAAUACCUGAGCAGCCGCCUACAGGACUUGGCCAUUGAAAUUGGUGACGGACAGGGUGCAGUGUGGCUCAAAGACAACAUGUGGUUCCUGAACAAGCCCAUGCAGUUUAUUGACGACGUUCUGUACUCGGUUGGGAAACUCUGCAAUCAUCUCAUCACAUAUUUGACGUUCCACAAGGCAAAACUGGUAUCCAGUUUUCCGUUCGUCUCCUACAUGGGAAUUCUGUACGAGGUCGGGGAAAUCCUCGGAAUAAUCAGGGAUAUGAUUCUGCUUAAUCCCAAAGAGAACCUCUCCGUUAAAGAGACUCAAAUAACGUUAUUCUGGGAGGACUGCACGCCUUUUUUGUUUGUGUUCGAAAACAGCAACCAUCUCCUCCUGAGUACGCAGCAGAUACCGGUAUACAUGAAGGCCGUCCUUGACCUAGUUCCCAUGGUGAUUCAGGUGGGCGUGUGUAUGUACCGCACCCCCGAGGCUGAACUCCGUGGGUUCGACGUGUUCGCGGAAACUUGCAUCCGGUUAUCAAAGGCGCUUGUAGAGCCGAGUGAAUUCCUUAUGCACGCAGAGGACACGGAACCAAUUAUCGUGCCAUUUUUACGACAGUGGAUCGUGUUUGCCCUGGAGCUCGUGCAAAACGGUGUCAAAAUCAGGACAGACAUGGUGCUCAAUCCCCCGCUGUCUGCCCGGGUCUCACAGCAACUACAGACUGUCAAGAGAGAGAACAUUGAGUCAUCGCGGAAGGACCGAAACUUCCGGUACGCAACGACGGUGGAUGAAACUGUGCCAAAGUCGUUAAAUUAUCUCUCAAUUUCCAGUGACUCUUCUCUACCAGACGAUCUCGCGGAUCCAACCCUGGCACCUCUCCAGGUGCGCAACAUGUGUCAGGUGCGCGCCGCCUGCCAGCCCUUCCGGUGGAUAGAUGUCGCUCAAACCCGUAUCUCCUCGUGCCCGAACGAGAUGCGCAAGCACAUGCUGGAGGAGAUGUGCCUAAAGGAGUCUCAGAAGGUCAUUUCCGACAUAUUUCUGCUCAGGGGUAAACAGCCCGCCUCAUGGAGGGGAAUUCACAUUCACUGUCCGCUCACGAAGACGUACGACGAAAUUAGGGUCAAGUUGUUUGUCAAGGUCAAGGUCGGAGAUAACUGGCAGGCGGUUGAUGCUCGUUACGAUAAUAGCUUCGGAAAAGGCAGUUUCUUAGUGUUCCAAGGCUGCACAAUGGAAGGUUUCGUGGCAAUAGAGGAGCGUCCAAUGACGUCAAAAGAAGUUGGAGUUCGUGGGGAAACACUCGUUACGUCUUUUGAUGACAAACUACUGGCACAUGUUUCACCGGACAUGACGUCACAGACGGGUAGCGUGACUAUGAUGGUGCAGCCCACAGACCGACCGCGUGCGCAGCAGUACCGGGAGUUCUGCCCAGAAGAUUUCCGGCACAUCACUUCCGCUUCGCCUGCCGUCGAGAUAGACGGCGUGGCGUCUGGCGGACGUAGAGUAUCCAUUCAAAUUCCAUUUCAUGCACUGAAAGAUCCCAAAACUAAAAUUCUGGUUCUAAAAUACGUCGGCGACAAAUUCGAGGUGCGCGACAGCGAGGGUCUCGUGCAGGAGAUGUCAGAGCACGUGUACACCAUCAAGGACAACACCAAUGGCGGGACGAUGCUGGCGACGGUGGACGCGGAAGCCUACACCGUGGACUCGGAUCGCAGUCUUCAGCGCGAGAUGGAACUCAUUCUCGGCCGGAAGCACCUGUGCAAGCUACUCAUGUUCGUUGAGUGCGCGCCUGCGCCGACGGGCACGACGAUAACGAGCGCCGAUCAGCUAAAUGAGAUCGUCCUGAACGUCGUCUGCACCGAGAAGUUCCGAGUGCCUGAUAUCAUCAACGAAAAGCUCAAACUCGGAAUGGUCGAACUUCCGAAGAGCCAAUCGCCCGAUCGUCUGCUUCAGCAGGCGGAUAAUAUAAAGCUCGAAGUGAAGGGAAGCGUCUCUUUGGACUCCGAUAUACCGGAAGACGCGUACACAUUGACCUACUUGGAAGGCUCGGACAAUUACGUGCGGUUUCCGUUGAGAAUUACGGACUGUAACGGACGCGUGACGUUUGUCUUGAGACUCGGGAAAGACAACUCUGUGCUUCACACUUUCUUUUGCAGCGUGCAAGAGUUGUUGGCCUUGCUCGUUCAAGGAUAUGUGAUUCAAUCCCAACCCACUUCUCCUACCACGGAGCCAAACGCCGACUCGGUUUUCCACUCCGAAGGUCUUUCAGUUGAGAAAGAGGUGACAAAGGAGGAAAAAGAAAAAGAACCGGAACUGAUAAAAGACGACACGAGCAUUGCGUCCAGCUCGUUAACACGGGAAUCAACCACAGUAGCAGAUGAUGACACUGAUCUGCUAACGCAAGCCUCGUUAAAAAUCCUUAACCGGAACAGUCUCGUGAAUCUCGCGAAACAGAUCAAGAACGACGAGAGCCACCUGCUCGGAGUCUGCCUCGGUCUGAGACCGGAAAAGAUGAGCUCCCUCUUCCGGAUGUACCGCCACAGUAGCUCCCUCACCACCUUUUACGUGCUCUACGAGUGGAGGGGCCGGAAGACACAGGCGGACCUCGCCGACCGGCUCAUUCAGGCGCUCAGGGACAUCGGAAGGAACGAUCUGGCGCAGAUAGUGUCCGAGGUGCGCAAAAGUAACCGUGCAUUGACCCCGCAGGAUUUCGAACACUUGCAGCACGCCAAUGCGUAUGCGCGUCCUAGGCGUUCCAAUCGCAGAUAAUGAUAAACAGAAUUGAAUAGUGUUUUAAGAUGUUAAAGAAUUGUGAAGUUAUGUUAUUAAUUAAUAAAAAUGCAACUCUUUUGCAAUAUAACUGUAUAGCAUAGGAUGAAUGACAUGUUCAGCCGUCAGCAUUAAAAAAUCAAUAAAUAUGUAAUACAUGUAUAUUCAUUUGCAAUUACGUUUAUUUCAUUAUGUGUGCAGUAUUAUCGACUUUUUGUUCAUUAACUUGCAUAACAAACACACACACACACACACACACACACUCACGCACGCACGCACGCACGCACGCACGCACGCACGCACACACGCACGCACGCACGCACGCACACGCACGCACACACACACACACACGCGCGCGCGCACACAUACAUACACACACACACGCACACACACACACGCACGCACACACACGCACGCACGCACACACACACACACACACACACACACACGCACAUAACAAUGUCUCUAUAAGCCUUGUAUUAUUCAAACAAAAACGCUGUAUUUUUUUUAUGCCGAAGCUUUCGACCUCACGGUCUUCAUCAGCGGCCAUUUUUUUAUUUCAAAGCGCCAAAACAACGUUGACGCCGGAAAUGCACAACGUCAUAUCCGUACAUAAAUAAACCUUUUGAAAUAAAAAAUGACCGCUGAUGAAGACCGUGAGGUCGAAGCUUUUGUCGUAUUGUAGACAUUGCAAACACAUUUAAUCAUACAAUCAGUUAUUUCAAUAGUCUAACGUACGGUUUUAGCGCUUCUGUUCGCAUUAUAAGUAUUUACCAUGCAUUUAGCAUUAUUCGAAUUGUGUAUACACUGUAUUAACGCAUUCAAUACCACUCAUUACUUUAUAUAAACUGUUAUGUUUUAUCCAAGGAAUUAUUAAAAUACAUUUUAUCAG